AUGGGGAUUAGACAGUGGCUACUUUCCCUAGCGGUAGUCGCCCUUUCUGCCACUGCUACCCAGGCGAAAGUUGAUGACCCGGCCGGAAAAGCUGCACAGUAUCAUAAGGAAUAUGCUUUGUUUAAAAGUGCAAAUAUGCCAUCGCCCGACAAGUUGGCUAGUGGAGUCGGCUUUCACUCAUUCCGCAUUCCUGCUGUCAUCCGUACCAACACCGGUCGUAUCCUUGCCUUUGCCGAAGGCCGCCGCCACAACAACCGAGAUUACGGCGACAUCAACCUCGUCUACAAGCGAACCAAGUCAUCUACCAACAAUGGUGUAAACCCAAGCGACUGGGAAUCCUUGCGCGAGGUUGUCGGGAGUGGGCCUCAUACUUGGGGCAACCCUACCCCUGUUGUUGAUGGCAACACCAUCUAUCUCUUCUUAUCCAUGAACGACGGUGCCUAUAGUCAGAACGGAAAUAACGUUCUACCAGAUGGAACAAAAACCAAAAAGAUUGACUCUACCUGGAUUGGCCGCCGUCAUCUCUAUCUCACCACUAGCAUUAAUGACGGCGACACCUGGUCCAAGCCUGUGGACAUGACUAAGACUUUGACGCCAGAUGGCCAAGCAUGGGAUGCUGUCGGCCCUGGAAAUGGCAUAAAAUUAUCCAGUGGUGAAUUGGUCAUUCCAGCACAAGGCCGCAACAUUAUCGGGCGUGGGCCAGCAGGCAACCGUACCUGGUCCAUGCAGAUACUUAAGGGUGCUGGAUCUGAGGGCACUAUCUGCCAAACCCCUGAUGGAAAGCUCCUUCGCAACGACCGUCCAGGCCCUAUGGGCCAUCGAUCUGUCGCCCGUGGAACUCUAGAUGGCUUUGGUCCCUUUGCCACUGAUAACGGUCUUCCUGACCCUGCCUGCCAGGGUUCGAUCCUGAGCUAUAACCAAGAUGAGCCUGCUAGAACUAUUUUCAUGAACUCUGCCUCAACAGAGCGUCGCACAGCCAUGCGUGUACGUAUCAGUUACGACAAGGACGCAGCCAAAUUCAACUUUGGCCGUGAGUUGAAGGAUGCACCUCUAGGAAAUGUUGGAAAUGAAGGCGGUUACUCCAGCAUGACGAAGACGAGUGACUACAAGAUUGGUGCCUUGGUUGAAAGUGACUGGUACGAGGAUAAAGGUGGGGAAAAAUCGCAUCGAUGCAUCAUCUGGCGUCGUUUCAACCUGUCUUGGAUUAUCAAUGGUCCAAACAACUAG